GCGCCCCGCCCCGCCCCGCGCGCCGCCCCUCCCGGCCCGGCCGUGCCCCGCGCCGCGCUCCCCCGGGAUGGCCCGCGCGCCGCGGCGCUGCCUCGACGAGCUCUCGGCGGCGCGGCGGCGCUCGGGGCGCGCGUGAGGGGCCCCGGGGCGCGCGGGCGCCGCCGCCAUGGCGGACACCAAGGUAAAAGUGGCCGUGCGGGUCCGGCCCAUGAGCCGACGAGAGCUGGAGCUGAACACCAAGUGCGUGGUGGACAUGGACGGGAACCAGACGGUGCUGCACCCGCCGCCCGCCAACAGCAAGCAGGGAGAACGGAAACCUCCCAAGGUAUUUGCCUUUGAUUAUUGCUUUUGGUCCAUGGAUGAAUCUAACACUACAAAAUAUGCUGGUCAAGAAGUGGUUUUCAAGUGCCUUGGGGAAGGAAUUCUUGAAAAAGCCUUUCAGGGGUAUAAUGCUUGCAUUUUUGCAUAUGGACAGACAGGCUCAGGAAAAUCCUUCUCCAUGAUGGGCAACGCUGAGCAGCUGGGACUUAUUCCAAGGCUCUGCUGUGCUUUAUUUAAAAGGAUCUCUCUGGAGCAAAAUGAGUCACAGACCUUUAAAGUCGAAGUAUCCUAUAUGGAAAUUUAUAAUGAGAAAGUUCGGGAUCUUUUAGACCCCAAAGGGAGUAGACAGUCUCUGAAAGUUCGAGAGCAUAAAGUUUUGGGACCAUAUGUAGAUGGUUUAUCCCAACUGGCGGUCACUAGCUUUGAGGAUAUCGAGUCACUGAUGUCCGAGGGAAACAAGUCUCGGACAGUAGCCGCGACCAACAUGAACGAAGAAAGCAGCCGCUCCCACGCCGUGUUCAACAUCACAGUCACGCAGACACUGUAUGACCUGCAGUCUGGGAACUCAGGAGAGAAGGUCAGUAAGGUCAGCUUGGUGGACCUGGCGGGUAGCGAAAGAGUGUCUAAAACCGGAGCCGCAGGAGAGCGACUGAAAGAAGGCAGCAACAUUAACAAAUCACUUACAACCUUGGGGUUGGUUAUAUCAUCGCUGGCUGACCAGGCAGCUGGCAAGGGGAAAAGCAAAUUUGUGCCUUACCGAGAUUCAGUCCUCACCUGGCUUCUUAAGGACAAUUUAGGGGGCAACAGCCAGACCUCGAUGAUAGCCACCAUCAGCCCAGCAGCAGAUAACUAUGAAGAGACCCUCUCCACCCUGCGGUACGCAGACCGCGCCAAAAGGAUCGUGAACCAUGCAGUGGUGAACGAGGACCCCAAUGCAAAAGUCAUCCGGGAGCUGCGGGAGGAAGUGGAGAAACUGAGAGAGCAGCUCUCGCAGGCCGAGGCUAUGAAGGCCCCUGAACUGAAAGAGAAGCUCGAAGAGUCUGAAAAGCUGAUAAAAGAACUAACGGUGACUUGGGAAGAGAAGCUGAGGAAAACAGAAGAAAUUGCACAGGAGAGACAACGACAGCUGGAGAGUAUGGGCAUCUCCCUGGAGACCUCUGGCAUCAAGGUGGGGGACGACAAGUGCUACUUAGUCAACCUGAAUGCAGACCCUGCUCUCAAUGAACUUCUGGUUUAUUAUUUAAAGGACCAUACCAGGGUGGGUGCAGAUACCUCUCAGGACAUCCAGCUCUUCGGUAUAGGCAUUCAGCCCGAGCACUGUGAGAUUGACCUAGCGUCUGACGGAGACGUCACUCUUACUCCAAAGGAAAGUGCAAGGUCCUGUGUAAACGGCACCCUUGUGUGUGGGACCACCCAGCUGUGGCAUGGUGAUAGAAUCCUCUGGGGAAACAACCACUUUUUUAGAAUUAACUUGCCUAAGAGGAAACGGCGAGAUUGGUUGAAAGACCUUGAAAAAGAAACGGGCUCCCCUGAACAUGACCUGGAUGCGGCCAGUGAAGCGUCCUCGGAAUCAGACUAUAACUACGAGUUUGCACAGAUGGAGGUUAUCAUGAAAACGCUGAACAGUAAUGACCCAGUUCAGAACGUGGUUCAGGUCCUGGAGAAGCAGUACCUGGAGGAAAAGCGGAGCGCCCUGGAGGAGCAGCGGCUCAUGUACGAGCGGGAGCUGGAGCGGCUUCGGCAGCAGCUGUCCCCCGAGAGGCAGCCCCGGAGCGGCGGCCCCGACCGCCUGGCCUGCAGCAGCCAGACCGCCCAGCAGAAGGUGACCCAGUGGGCGGAGGAGAGGGACGAACUCUUCCGGCAAAGCCUGGCAAAACUGCGUGAGCAGCUGGUCAAGGCGAAUACCUUGGUGCGGGAGGCAAACCUCUUAGCCGAGGAGAUGAUCAAGCUCACCGACUACCAGGUGACUCUUCAGAUCCCUGCUGCAAACCUCAGCGCCAAUAGGAAGAGAGGAGCCAUAGUGAGUGAGCCGGCCAUUCAAGUCCGGAGGAAAGGGAGAAGCACCCAGGUUUGGUCCAUUGAGAAGCUGGAGAACAAAUUGAUUGACAUGAGAGACCUUUAUCAAGAAUGGAAGGAGAACGUUCCAGAGGCCAGGCGACUGUUUGGGAAACGAGGUGACCCUUUCUAUGAAGCCCAGGAGAACCACAACCUGAUCGGCGUGGCUAAUGUGUUCUUGGAGUGUCUCUUCUGCGAUGUGAAACUCCAGUAUGCAGUUCCCAUCAUCAGCCAGCAGGGGGAGGUGGCCGGCCGUCUCCACAUGGAGGUGAUGCGCGUCACAGGAGCCGUCCCAGAGCGCGGGGUGGAGGACGACUCCUCCGAGAACUCCAGUGAGAGCGGGAGCCUGGAAGUCGUGGACGGCGGCGGGGAGGUCACCCACCGAGUCAGAAGACUGACGUGCCGGGUAAAAAUUAAAGAGGCAACCGGGCUGCCCUUAAACCUCUCAAAUUUCGUCUUCUGUCAAUACACAUUCUGGGACCAGUGUGAAUCCACAGUGGCGGCCCCCGUCGUGGACCCAGAGGUGCCUUCCCCACAGUCCAAGGAUGCCCAGUACACCGUGACUUUCUCUCACUGUAAGGACUACGUGGUGGACGUGACAGAAGAAUUCCUGGAGUUCAUUUCAGACGGGGCGCUGGCGAUCGAAGUGUGGGGCCACCGGUGUGCUGGGAAUGGGAGCUCCUUCUGGGAAGUCGAUUCCCUUCACGCCAAGACACGGACGCUGCACGACAGGUGGAAUGAAGUGACUCGAAGAGUAGAGAUGCGGGUCUCCAUCUUGGAACUGAAUGAGUCAGGGGAAUACGCGGCAGUGGAGCUUCAUCAGGCCAAAGACGUCAACACAGGAGGCGUCUUUCAACUUAGACAGGGCCAUUCCCGGAGAGUGGAAGUCACAGUAAAACCUGUGCAGCAUUCGGGGACACUGCCCCUUAUGGCCGAAGCCAUCUUAUCAGUAUCCAUUGGCUGCGUGACUGCCAGGUCCACCAAGCUCCAGAGGGGGCUGGACAGUUACCAGAGAGAUGAUGAGGAUGGCGAUGAUAUGGAUAGUUACCAGGAAGAAGACUUAAACUGUGUGAGAGAGAAGUGGUCUGAUGCACUCAUCAAGCGACGAGAAUACUUAGAUGAACAGAUUAAAAAAGUCAACAAUAAAAAAGAGAAGACGGAAGACGACGUGGAGCGGGAAGCGCGGCUGGUGGAGCAGUGGGUGGGGCUGACGGAGGAAAGGAAUGCCGUGCUGGUGCCUGCACCGGGCAGCGGGAUUCCCGGGGCGCCCGCCGACUGGAUCCCACCACCUGGAAUGGAAACCCACAUACCGGUUCUCUUCCUUGAUUUGAAUGCGGAUGACCUCAGUGCCAAUGAGCAGCUUGUGGGCCCCCAUGCAUCGGGCGUGAACUCCAUCCUGCCCAAGGAGCAUGGCAGCCAGUUUUUCUACCUGCCCAUCGUACGGCACAGUGAUGAGGAGGUUUCAGCCACAGCCUCCUGGGACUCCUCGGUGCAUGAUUCCGUUCACCUGAAUAGGGUCACCCCACAGAACGAAAGGAUUUACCUGAUAGUGAAGACCACAGUCCAGCUCAGCCACCCGGCCGCUAUGGAGUUAGUAUUACGAAAGCGGAUUGCAGCCAAUAUUUACAACAAGCAGAGUUUCACCCAGAGUUUGAAGAGGAGAAUAUCACUGAAAAAUAUAUUUUACUCCUGUGGUGUAACAUAUGAAAUAGUGUCCAAUAUACCAAAGGCCACAGAGGAGAUCGAGGCCCGGGAGACGCUGGCGCUCAUGGCGGCGAGGAGCGAGGACGAGGGCGCGCCCGACGGGGAGACCUACAUGGAGAAGUACACGCGCGGCGUGCUGCAGGUGGACAGCAUUCUGAGCCUGGAGCGCCUCCGGCAGGCGAUCACGGUCAAAGAAGCCCUUUCUACCAAAGCACGGCACCUUCGGAGGAGCCUCAGCACGCCCAGCGUCCACACUGUCUCCUCCAGUCGACCAGACCUUUCUGGCUUUGAUGAAGAUGAUAAGGCUUGGCCAGAGAACCCAUUAGACAUGUCUGACUACAGCUGCAGUUACCAGGAUGUAGCCUGUUAUGGAACUUUACCCAGGGAUUCACCUCGAAGGAGUAAAGAAGGUUGUACGCCAGAGACUCCUCAUGCCUUAACAGUCAGCCCUUUCAAAGCAUUCUCUACUCAGCCGCCAAAGUUUUUCAAACCCCUAAUGCCUGUAAAAGAGGAGCAUAAGAAAAGGAUGGCCAUCGAAGCAAGGCCUCUUCUGGGUCAGGAGAGCAUGCCUCCGUCGCAGGCACGUAACCCUGGCUGCAUUGUGCCCUCAGGAAGCAAUGGCAGCAGCGUUUCAGUAGAACACAAUAGCAAACGUGACAAGAAGAUUGACUCCGAGGAGGAGGAAAGUGAUCCCGAGGCUCUGAACAGGAAGCUAAGUUCACAGCCUUAUGUACCUGAGGAGUUUGCCGACUUCAGUGUUUACAAUGCCACCUUGGAGAAUAGGGAGUGGUUCUCUUCUAAAGCAGAUUUGACGAACUCGAGGGCCUUGGAGAAAGAAGUGUCCCGUAGCCCUACCACCAGCAGUAUUACCAGUGGCUACUUUUCCCACAGUGCCUCCAAUGCCACCCUGUCCGACAUGGUGGUCCCUUCUAGUGACAGCUCAGAUCAGCUAGCCGUUCAGGCGAGGGACGCAGACCCCAGCGAGCAUUCUGGACUGGCGCUCGUGCAAGAGUUCAGACUGUCCUCAAACAGAGAGUCAGCAGAGCUAGAAAGAGGCUUGGUGAAGGAUACGGUGAUCACGGCGCCGCUCAAGGAAAACAGUGCCUUAGCCGAAGGGGGCGCAUCACCCCAAGGCACCCCGGAGCAGAGCCCCAGAAUACUCCGCAGGACUGGCUCGUGUUCAGAGCGAGAGGCCCACUCCAGCAGAAACGGCCCGCCAGCCCGAGAGUUCUGCCCCAGGGAGGUGGCCGUGGAACACAUCACCACCACCCUGGAGGACCAUUCCUUCACAGAGUUUAUGGGCGUGUCAGAUGGGGCAGGUUUUGACGGUCUGACAGAUUCUUCUGUCGAAGGACUUCUGAGCAGGAGGCCCCUCCCAGGUGAGAUGGACAGUGAGAGUGUCUCGGAUGGGCCCCAGGACCCCGGCCAGCUGCACCCCUCAGCAGAGUGACCAGGGGAGCUCGGCCGCCCGGUGGAAGGCAGCAAGCACCUCCUCCGGGGCCCCGGCAUCUUCCUCCGGCCACCUUGCGGAAGCACCAGCCCCCGUCUUUACAACACGCUGCAGCCCAGCCAGAGCUCAGACCAGGGCUCAGAAGCCACGUACUUCCUGGGCCACCUCCUUUCCUCUCCCGUGUUGGGAGAAGCAGCACUUUGUCACUCCGGUGAAUCAGCAGCCUCUGCUUUUUCUAGAAAGCCAGGGAACCGAAAAUCCUGGAUCAAUUAAGUGGCAGUAUUUUUGUUUGCACUUACUACAUACUCCCACUGUGUAGAAACCUCCACAGAUUCAAACAGACUUUAUACUUGUACAUUUUUAAUUAGUUCUUACUGUAGAAUCUGGAGUCAAUGCUCUAAUUUUUUUUUAUAAAUAAUAUAUAUUAUGUAUAUGAAAUUGUAUCUAUAGUGUCGGGAGACAGACAAGACUGCGCACUAAAAUGCAGAUGAAAGUGGUUUGUAGAAAAUCAUAAGGUACUGGACUUUGUUACAGAGUAGCUUGGGUGAUCUCUUAACACACGAGCAGAUGAAAAAGAUGUAAUGCCUGAGAAUGAGGUUGCAAACCCGUUUGCAGAAAAGGUUGCAGAAUGCUGUUCUUUAGAACCAAAGAACUUAUAUAAGACUGAGCGCUUUUGCUGUCCACUCGUUUUACGUGUACAUAUGUGUUCGACAGCAGCCUGCUGCCACGCGCCCCUCAGCCAGCAGGCCAUGCGCUGCGGUUCUCUGUCCCCUGUUCAUACGCACACUGACCACUCACAGAUGUAUUGCCUGGUCUUCCGCCUGGCCCGCCACCUGCUGACUUGAUGAUGUAAUAGAACGGCUGACAGCCUGCGGCUCGGACCCCAGCACCCCUUAUACCUCGGGGCUGCCCGCCAGGCGGUGGGACAGAGAGAGCAGUAUUACCCUAAGGAAGCACAGGGACAUACCAAGAGCUGGUUCGGUUGUGGGUGGGACGGGAGGCGGGUGUCGAUUUCUGUCUUUCUGUGGAUUUGGUUCGGGUUGGUAGGUUUCAUUGUGGUGUGGUGUGGUUUCGCUGUUAUUUUACAUAAAUUCUGGAAAAUGCUGAAGAGAUGGGACGAGCUGCAAAGUUCACAGGUGCCCACUUCACCGUGUUUGCAGGAGACGAGUGAAUACAAGUGACCCUGCUGUCUGUAUCUGCAUUUGUGAGAUUCUCCUACUGAUGGAGGUACUGAAGGAUUAUGUGUGUGGAAACUCUUACAAAACUACUUCAUGUACCUAUUCUGUAGAUGCCUGUACAAUUAAUUGGUCUGGAUGUACAGCAAUAAAUGGGUUGAGAGAGA